GCCUCUGCUCAGUCCUCCUUGUCCUCUCCCUCCGAACCUCUGUCCCUCUGUCCCUCUGUCCCUCCACUAUCCCUGUACCAUGGGACCUGCCUCAGGUCCCAGCCUGCUGCUACUGCUGCUGAGCAGUCUCCCCCUGGUCCUGGGGGACCCCAUGUUCUCCAUAAUCACUCCCAACAUCCUGCGGCUGGAGAAUGAGGAGACAGUGGUGCUCGAGGCCCACGGUGGGACAGGUGAAUAUCCAGUCAAGGUUACGGUACACGACUUCCCAGGAAAGAAGGAGGUGCUGUCCAGCAAGGACACCAUUCUGAACAGCGCCAAUGGCUACCUGAGCACCGUCACCAUCAAGGUGGGUGCACUCUGGAGUCGCCCUGUGGGUGCCCCGCCCCCUGUGGGUCUUCUUCCCAUUCCAGAGCCUCACCUAUUGCUGCCUAGUUUUGAGGUCCAAAUAGAGCCUGCAGAGAAAUUCUACUACAUUGAUGACCCUAAGGGCCUGGAGGUCACCAUCACAGCCAGGUUCUUGUAUAGGAAGAAUGUGGAUGGAACAGCCUUCGUCAUCUUUGGGAUCCAGGAUGACCCCAUCCACCCUUCCCUGCGCUCACAGGUGUAUGUUUCGAACCCCGAUGGCUCCCCUGUCCCCCGCAUCCCUGUGGCCACUCAGGGCUCCAAUCAAGUGCAUUCUGUGACCCGGGAUGAUGGCCUGGCUAAGCUCACCAUCAACACACACAAGAGCCUGAAGCCCCUGUUGAUCACUGUACGCACAAUGAAGGAGGGCCUCCCGGAGGGGCGACAGGCUUCCAAUCAAAUGCAGGCCCUACCCUACAGUACGAUGGGCAACUCCAACAACUACCUGCACCUCUCCAUGCCCGCCACGGAGCUCAAGCCAGGAGACAUGAUCAAUGUCAACUUGGUUUUGCAAAUGGACCCCGGCCAGGAUGCCAAUAUCCGAUACUUCACUUACCUGGUCAUGAACAAGGGGAAGCUGUUGAAGGUGGGACGCCAGGUGCGAGAGCCCGGCCAGGUCCUGGUGGUGCUGCCUCUGACCAUCACGACAGAGUUUAUUCCUUCCUUCCGCCUGGUGGCCUAUUACACACUGAACAAUGGAGGCCAGAGGGAAGUGGUGGCUGAUUCCGUGUGGGUGGAUGUCAAGGAUUCGUGUCUGGGCACGCUGGUGGUGAAAAGUGCCAUGGAGGAGGAAAAGCAUCAGCAUCUACCUGGACAACAGAUAUCGCUCAAGAUUGAGGGUAACCAGGGGGCUCGAGUGGGGCUGGUAGCCGUGGACAAGGGCGUGUUUGUGCUGAAUAAGAACAGGUGGACUCAGAAAAAGAUCUGGGACACAGUGGAGAAGGCAGACAUUGGCUGCACACCGGGCAGUGGAAAGAACUAUGCGGGAGUCUUUACGGAUGCCGGCCUGGCCUUCCAGACCAGCAAAGGCCUGCAGACCGAGCAGCGGUCAGAUUUGGCAUGCCCGAAACCAGCUACCCGGCGCCGCCGCUCAGUGCAGCUCAUGGAGGAGAGGAUGGGCAAAGCGGGUGAGUACCCCAGCAAGGAGCUGCGCAAGUGCUGUGAGGGCGGUAUGCGGGAGAACCCCAUGAGGUCCAGGGCGCAGUUCAUCCUCCAGGACAAGGCCUAUGUGGACGCCUUCCUGGACUGCUGCAGCUACAUCACCAGGCAGCGGCUGAAGCACAGCCGGGACAGUGACCUGGGCCUGGCCAGGAGUGACCUGGAUGAGGAGAUCAUUUCGGAAGAAGAAAUCGUUUCCAGAAGCCAGCUCCCUGAGAGCUGGCUGUGGACCAUCGAGGAGUUAAAGGACCCAGAGAAAAAUGGAGUCUCCUCCAAGACCAUAAAGGUGUUUCUGAAAGACUCCAUCACCACCUGGGAGAUCAUGGCUGUGAGCUUGUCUGACAGGAAAGUGAUCUGUGUGGCUGACCCCUAUGAGGUGACGGUGGUGCAAGAUUUCUUCAUCGACUUGCGGUUGCCCUACUCUGUGGUUCGUAACGAACAGGUGGAGAUACGAGCCGUCCUCUAUAACUACCGGGAAGCAGAUACACUCACGGUGAGAGUAGAAAUGCUCUACAAUCCAGCCUUCUGCAGCUUGGCCACUGCCAAGAAGCGUCACCUGCAGACUGUAACCAUCCCUCCCAAGUCCUCAGUGGCCGUGCCUUAUGUCAUUGUGCCUCUGAUGGUCGGCUUGCAGGAGGUAGAGGUCAAGGCCACUGUCUAUCGGUACUUCAUCACCGACGGUGUAAGGAAGACCCUGAAGGUCGUGCCUGAAGGAAUCAGAAUGAACAAGACUGUGGCCGUUAAGACACUGGAUCCACAACACCUGGGCCAGAACGGUGUGCAGCGAGUGGAGGUCGAGGCUGCAGACCUCAGUGACCAAGUCCCUGACACAGAGUCGGAAACCAGGAUCCUCCUGCAGGGGACCCCAGUGGCCCACAUGGCAGAGGAGGCCAUUGAUGGGCAGCGGCUGAAACACCUCAUUGUGACCCCCUCGGGCUAUGGAGAGCGGACCAUGAUCAGUGUGACGCCCACGGUCAUCGCGGUACACUACCUGGACCACACUGAGCAGUGGGACAAGCUUGGCAUUGACAAGCGGCAGGAGGCCGUGGAACUCAUCAAGAAGGGGUACACACAGCAACUGGCUUUCAGGCAACCCAACAAGGCCUUUGCAGCCUUCCUGAAUUUGAAGCCCAGCACCUGGUUGACAGCCUACGUGGUCAAGGUCUUCUCUCUGGCCACCAACCUCAUCACCAUUGACUCCGAAGUCAUCUGUGGGGCAGUCAAGUGGUUGAUCCUAAAGAAGCAGAGGCCUGAUGGAGCCUUCCAGGAGGAUUCACCCGUGAUACACCAAGAAAUGAUUGGUGGCUACAGGGAUGCUGAGGACAAAAAUAUUUCCCUCACAGCCUUCGUUCUCAUCGCACUGCAGGAGGCUAAAGAUAUUUGCGAAGGACAGGUCAAUAACCUUGGGGGCAGCAUCAAUAAGGCUGGAGACUUUCUUCAAGCACACUACAUGAACUUGAAGAGACCGUAUGCUGUGGCCAUUGCUGGCUAUGCCCUGGCCCGGUUGGGCAAGCUGGAGGGCCCUCUCCUCAACACAUUUCUGAAUGCAGCCACAGAUAAGAACCGCUGGGAGGAGCCUGGCCAAAGGCUCCACACUAUAGAGGCCACAUCCUAUGCCCUGUUGGCUCUGCUGCUGCUCAAAGACUUUGACUCUGUACCUCCUGUUGUGCGCUGGCUCAACGAGCAGAGAUACUACGGAGGUGGCUAUGGCUCCACCCAGGCAAGUGGUCCCACAUCCCCCAGGCAAAUGCAUCCUUACCUCCUCUGGCCUGACUGGCCACCCAGAUAAGAUGCUGAGACCAAGAGAGGCAGUUGAUUGAAAUGAAGUUGAGAAAU